AUGACGGACGCCAUCGAUGUGACCACGUACUGCGACGACAAGGCUCUCGGCCAGACCGCGCCGUCGCUUGCCAAUCUCGAGCCCCUCCGCGGCGAGAAGGUGGCCCUCGAGCACGGCAAGGUGUACGUGCUGUACUUCUUCAACACCUUCUACCGCGGCGCCGACCCCGUCAACGAGGAGCUGACGGUUCUGUCAGAGAAGUACGGCGAUAAGGUGGUCUUCGUCGCGAUCAGCAACGAUGCGGAUAAGGAGAAGACGGAGAAGUACCUCAACAAGAACAUCGUGGACGAGAACACAAAGAAGCCGCUGCGGCUUGCCCCGCCGCACAUCCUCUUCGACGACAAGAAAGCGACCGGCAAGACGUACGCAGAGGUCUCGAACCUCACCGUCAUGUCCUGUCCGAUGGCCUUCAUUGUGAAGGCCGACGGAACCAUUGCGUGGAGGCAGCAGUUUCUGCAGACCUUCACCAUCUCGCAAUCCAACUUUGAGGCGCAGCUCAACCACGUACUGGCGGGCGAGGCGCUCGAAAGUAACGGCCCGCGGCCCGCUGUCCAUAUCGAGGAGGAGGCCGCUGAGGUCGAGGACGAGAUGUCGCUUUUUUGA